GUGAAGCAGAAUGAGUCCUCAUCUCGCAGCACAGCUGCUGCAGCCGCGAAGAUAAUGAAGGCCGCCGAAACUCGCAAAAUCACGAAGGAUCGCCGUGAAGCAAAAAUCGCAGAACCGAGGGGGCAUCUCUCGCCCAAACAUCAGAAGAUGGUUGAGAACCUCGAAUCUGUAGUCGGCAAACCCGACGAAAAUCACCAGCAGAUGGACCCCAAUGAGUCCACCGUGGGGGGGAAACCUGAACAACUCGAACCUGCGGUCGUGGCCAAACAGCAUCUCUCGGCGGAGCACGAAAAAAUGGUGGAGGAAGUUGAAGCUGUAGUCGGAGAAGCCAAGCCGCCGAUGGGGCCAAACGAAAGUACCGUUGGGGAGAGGAAGCCAGCUGCACCCUCUGUCCAGGCGUGAGAAGGUUUUUUUACGACAGAGAUGAUGGUGAUGUCGUGUGGCGAUACGGAGCAGCCACCCACCAGUUUUUGGAUCAAGUUUUUUUGGCGUUGCCGAUAAUAAAGCUUAGUCAAGCGCAGACGACGUUCUUGGCCACAUAUUUGAGUCUAGGAACAGGAAGCGCGACCAGCUCUACCACUGUAUCUACUAGCUGCUAGCCUCUAAUAAUAUUACUGGCCACAGGCACCUCUGGCUAAUUCAUAGUAGCAACUUCUGAUUUAUUCACUUGCUGUUGCGUCCUCAUUUCGAUAUCCCAUCAAUGUUCUUGUAAAACGUAAAAGACCGGCACGAAAUAGUUGAGAUUCUGAUCGUGAAUCUUCACGGUGGUCCAG